CGGAGCUGCGCACUUGGCAGGGCAGCAGAGGCGUCAGUAGCAGCAGCAGCAGCAGCGGCGGCGGUGACGUAUUCGAGGAUCUACUGCAAGCCUGUCCUGACUACUCAGCAAAAUAUGUUCAAGUUCACAACACAUCGAGCCUCACAUAACCCAGUGAGUUGUCUGGUGGAUGAAAAGUUGUCUGUGCAGUCAGCCACCACAGUAGUGUAUCAAUCAACAGAAAUGAUGAACGGCGUUGCCAAUGGCACCUUUGGAGACACCGCCUCACCAAUUGCUUGUGUGAAAAACCCACCGAGUUGUAUGAACCUUUACGCUGUGUGCCGUAACCUUUACAACGGAGCCACCAUGGACUGCCUGUACGAUCUCCUGGACCACAUCUGCUUCUGCAACUUCAACGAGGCCAUGGCGGCCAUGAACGCCACCGACUGGUGCGCUUGGGGCAACGUAAGCGGGCUGUACAGCAACUUGAGCCUCUGCACUGAGAACAUCUCCGACUGCUUGGGCAUUCCGUGGCCCAACCCUAUGGUGGAGGAGACAUUUGUGGAAAUCCACCACAAGUUUUUCAAGGACUGCCGCAUGGAAGAGCUCAGUGACCCGCCACCGCCCAUCAUCUUCGCCCUGGUGAUCACGCCGAUCCUCCUCAUCCCCGUCAUGGUCAGUCUGGUGGUCCUCAAGACUAAGAAUGGAGAUGGCAGCUCCUGAUUGCAAUUUAUAGGCAGGAGCCACUAAAGGCAGAACGUCACGGGAGAUUUAGAAUACCAUAGGUGCAUUUCAACUAAAAAGUACCUGCUCGCGUUAUUCAAGAUUCGAAAGGCCCAUUGUUAUUUACGUAGCACUGGAGUCCAUUUGACGCAGGAAGAAGAAUUUACCUUCUAGUUUCUCUUUAACUUAUUUAGCUUGCCAUUUACCAAGCUUAUGUUUUUGCUAGCCCCAACACACGGAUGCCAAAUGUGAUACAUCACGGCGCGUUUCCACAAACAAAUCGUACCAAACUGUGCUACUCUGUGAAAAUUGAAUUCAUCUUUUUCAUGACAAGACCUUCAGAGGAAGGGUCGCACGUAAUAUGAACCAAAUGUCGACAAACACAUUUUUAGUACAUUAUGUGUGAUGAUGAUGAUGACAAAAGCUCCUGGGCUUGCUGGGUCGACCUCCAUUUUGGGAGUUUUUUUUUUUCUUAAAUAUUGGGUGGCACAGGUAGCUCUCCAUGAUAUGGGUUGAGCAGGAUGGGAUACUAGAGAUAAUGGAAUGCGAUUGUUAGGAAAAGGAGCUUUCUUUCCUCCCAUUGUCUCCUUUGAAAACACAAUCUUCAUCAUCCUAGGCAGAUCCAAUUCAUAUUUGACUUAAUUUCUCAGACAAGAAGCAAAAGAUUAAAAGUACGUUUUGCUUUGUUCCAGUGACGAGGGAAAGCUCUUUUUAUGCGCUCAGACUUAGUUCCUAUUUAUGUGGAUUUUUUUUCUCUGUGUAUUUUCUGGACUUCCUGUAACAUCUGAAGGGAAACUAUACAAUGUACUGUAUUGUAAUUAAAAACACAUUUUAUACAUAGAGAUCUAA